AUGGAAAAUUCAGGCCCCGCCCACAUUCGACCCUGGCCCCUCCUCUUUCUGGCUCUUGUCUGUAUUCCCGGCUAUGUCUCGGGCUUCCCGGGGUCCGGUAACCGUUCUAACAGCUGGGAACGGAUGGAGCUGCAGAACUUGAGGGUCUUCUCCUACCCCUCUUCUGGCCUGGCCCAUGCAGGUGAGGCCCAGCAUCCAGGAGCCUGGAACUGGCAAUUGGAGCCUGAGUUGUGGGCAAGGUCACUUCGACAGCAGUUAAAAGCCCAGCUCCUCUCUGUUCCGGAGAAGAGGAGGGUAUAUUUGUCUCCUGAUGAGGCAUCAUCUGAUGCCCUUGAGUCUCAGCACUCCGUAUGUGUCCUGGACAGCAAAGAACAGCCCUGGGCCUGUCAGAGGCAGUUCCGGAAGCCAGUGACUGAAUCAGAGCAGCCCACAGUGCUGGAGCUACUGCUAGCUGAGCUCCAAACUCUGUUCUCAGCUGUACUGCAGGAUGGCAGCCCUUCAGCUUGGCGCUACCUGCAUGCAGUACUGGGUCUGCUGCCUCCAUAUCGUGAGUUGCUAGUCGGUCAUCUUGAUUUGCUACCCUUCCUGGAGAAGCUGUACUGCUGGGCACCUUGGGUCCAAUCCCAGCUCCAGCUGGACCUGCUAGAUGCCAUAGACCAGGCCUUUCCUCCAGACAGCUCUUUGUUAGACAGUGCCUCUCAUGCUGAUUGCCAUACCCAGAAGCACAGGUUCCAUCGUGGGCCCUCAUGCCCAGCCUGCCCUUUUGUGCAGGCCCGGUGGGGUGGGCAGCAAGUAAAGGAGGAGUUGGCCACAUGGCUGCGACCAUUGACACUGCCUGAGUUACAGCGCUGCCUGGGCAUUGUUGGAGCUGAGGUGGCCCUAGAAGAGUCCUGGUGGCUGGAUGGCCUUAGUCUCCUGCCCUUGGCACUGGCGACGGACAUCCCUGUACGGUAUGAAAGUAGUGACAAUGCAGAGGAGGAAGCUGUUGGAAGAAGAGAGACUAGGUUUCACCUUGACUAUGAAGUUCCUGGGAAGAAAGCCUUCCAAAAGAGAGACACUGGCUUCUUACCUGAGACAUCCUUCCUUGGUAGUCAGGUGGUGAAUCUUCUGAAGACAGAGAAAUACCUGAAGAAGAUCCACUUUCUCUAUCUCAAUGUAGCUCCCAACAGGUACUUUAGCCCCUACAGCCUGACAGUGGUGCCACCCAACAAGGUGAAUCCUGAGCACUACAUUUUUUCUCCCUUUGGGAUCCUGCAUAUACAUCCUGUGGAGGGCAGUGAGACGAUGACACUAGGUACCUGGCACCGCCAUUCUGUUCUCUGGGAACAGCUCCAGUUCAUUCCAUUCUUUAAGAAUUGCCUCUUACGCAAGGCCUUGACCUGUUGGAAGAAGAAUGUGAGAUUGCAGGGACUGCGUCGCCUCCAGACUUUCCUAGAGAAUCAUCUGCUCUUGGCUGUGCCCCACUUUGGAGCUGGACUGCUCCAUAUUAGCAGGCUUCUGCAGGAGCUACACUCUGUGCCCUGGCUACCGCAGGAACCAGAUAGGUGCUAUGAGCUGCUGGACCUGCAGAAGGCUCUAGCCAAGGAGAAGUACAAGGCUCUACAGCUGCUCCAUCGUUGCCUGAACCUCUGCACAUCCAUACUUCGACUGGUGAGAGAUGAUGGUUUAUUGGGAACCUUUUCGAGAAGUUGA